AUGAAACGUAGGCCGUUUCCUUCACUACAGCCUGCGGGUUUACCCUAUUGGAAAAGUAGCAACAGGGUGUGGAACUUUGAAGACUUUGAUAUUGACAUCAAUAACACGAAGUCACAAAACUUUAAAUUCCAUGGUGGUUUGCAUCACU